ACACAUGUCUCCUCCCUCAAAGCCGCCUUAUGUUAGAGUCUCUCUAAUGGACUCCUGACAGCUUCUCGUAACUGUGCUUUAUAGAAGCUGUAUAGUGUAGUAUAUAGUUAUUUUUUAGGCUCGUCACCAAGAAUUUCAUGACACUAUAUGGCCAAGGGCAGGAGACUAACAACAAGUCGCAGCGAACGAUUGUUAGGGAGUAACUACAGCUAUGGCAACGGCCAAAUCCCGAUCGUGAACGAGGUGUCCGAGCUGGGUGAGGAAGAUGUGUGGUCGAUGGUGGACGACACGGCUGACCGGGGUGACAGUGCUGUUAGUAAUUCGAACGGAGCGUGGAAUCCACGCGCUGAACUUGAGAGUAGCUUCGAUCACAUGUCUAUUAGUGGAGGCCGCCGUAGAAUCCCACGAGAUGACCGCAACAUGGGCGGGCUGUCCUUGGCCUUCGAAGAUUCUUCUUCUGGGAGCAACAAAACAGCCUCCUCGAGAAUCGUGCACCAGUUUCGUGGGAACGAUCUCGUGGCAUCGGCGUCACCUCGUCACAUGGCCACAUCAGCUCCCGUGAACGUGCCCGAUUGGAGCCAGAUCUAUCGAGUUAACUCGGUUGAGUCGUUGCACGACUCGGACGACGGGUUCGACGAUCAGGAGUCCGAGAUGGUCCCCCCGCACGAAUACUUGGCGCGUGAGUAUGCACGGAGCAGGAAAACAGGCGGCGCCUCGGUGGUCGAGGGUGUUGGCCGGACAUUAAAAGGCCGCGACAUGAGGCGCGUGCGUGAUGCAGUGUGGAGCCAGACCGGGUUUGAUGGCUGAUCAUUUUGUAGCUAUAUCACAUGGAAGUGUUGGUGUUGUUGCUGCUGCUAUCGUUAAAAAAACCAAAAAAGAAUGCUUGUGAUUUUUUCUUGGGCAAUGAUUCGGCCGGGUUGGCUCGGCUUUGAAGGGGAGUCAACUCAGUAGCGAGUGAGCUCGAGCAUGAUUCUGAAGGUGGGGGUAAUGCGAUAUUACCAUUGCUUCUGUCCUUGUCCAUAGGUUGGAAUUUGGAGUUUGUACCCUCUUACUGUUAGUGGUAAUUUGGUAAUUUCAAUCAUUAAGUAGCGGCCAUGCCGAGAGGCUGGCUUGUUCAUGUAAAAAUGGAAGGCGAACAAAAAAGGCGAAAGAAAAUGUCAAACGCUGUGGAAAACAAAUCUACUUUUGUGAGUUAGCAAUGACCAUGAAUGAGAGCAAAUCUUAGCACAGUGUUAACCCUUGCACGACAUGCAAG